UUACUUAUAAAGAUCAUUGACCUACUUUUCUAUUAACCUUGCCUUAUAAGAACUUGUUUCAUUCUUUUAAGUUUUCUCUUGUUUUGUGUCUGCAUCAGCAUCUAAAUCAAUAUUUUCUAUCUUCUCAACAACUACUUAAUUAGAUAAAACAAUCACCAAGCAUGUUUGGAUGUCCAGAGACAGAAAGACUAGAUGAAAUAGGAAAAAUCAAUUCAGAGGGAGAAACAUCAUCUCAAAUGGGAAGGAAGCAUUUUCAUGGCCAAGUUAUUGGAACAACCUUAAACACAGUAACUCCUUGUGCUGCAUGUAAGCUAUUGAGAAGAAGGUGUGCUGAGGAAUGCCCUUUCUCUCCUUACUUUUCACCACAUGAGCCUCAUAAAUUUGCAGUUGUUCAUAAAGUGUUUGGUGCAAGCAAUGUCUCCAAAUUGCUAUUGGAGGUACCUGAAGGACAAAGAGCAGAUGCAGCAAAUAGUAUGGUUUAUGAAGCAAAUUUAAGGUUAAGAGAUCCUGUUUAUGGAUGCAUGGGUGCAAUAUCAACAUUACAACAACAAGUUCAAUCUUUACAAGCAGAACUUCAUGCAAUUAGAGCUGAAAUACUAAAAUAUAAAUAUAGAGAAGCAGCUUCUUUUAUUUCUUCUCAACAAGUAUCAAUCCCUACAAAUGCAAACUCACAAGGUCUUUCUCAACCUCUUGUUCUUCCUACUUUAGAUCCUCCAUCUCCUUCUCUUCCUCCACCACAAAAAGUAUUAGCUUCUCAAUCCAUUAUCCUUUCGUCGUUGUCUUCGUCUUCGGGUUCCUCUGUCUACACUACAUCUAAGAGUACAAUGAGUCAUGGAUCUAUUUCUAGUGAAAAUAUUCCAUAUUUUAUUUAGGUUUAUUUGAAUAUUAUUAUUCAUUUUAUGUAGGAACAAUAUUAUGCUUAAUUUCUUAGAAGAGUUUCAUGUAUAACUUGACUCAUCUUUUUGGUCAUUUUUCUUUUUCUUCUCUUUUGUUUAGUUGAGAGUUUAUUGAGAAGGGAAAGAAAUUAGUCCUACUACAUUGAUAUGCUUUUUAGUAGUAUAUUUUGUACUACUUUUAUACUAUUUCAAUUUUACCUGAUUUGUCUUUAUUUGUAAGAAUAAUAAUGCAUUUUGAAUA